AUGUUCGUCACUCGAUCGGUGACCAGAGUCGCACUGCGACACGGAUGCAAUGCCGUGCGCCAUUUCUCCUCGUCCCAGCCCGUCGCCGUUGCAUACCACUCUUACUCACUCCCUUCCAACCUCAAUUCUCCGCCGCCGAGGGGCGAUGACGUCCCCGAAACCUCGAUAGCUCAGCCCGAGCCUCUCCCCAAGGUCCACGAGACGCGGCCUCCCCCGCAACAACCGCAACAACAGCUUCAGCGUCAGGAGGCGACUCCUUCCCGCCCGCCAGCUACUCCCCAGCCGCUUCCGACGCCGGCUCCCAAGGUUGCCGAGAAGGAAGCCCAGAAGGCCAAGCCUGUGCGGCCGCGGUCGAAGCUGCGCGCUCGCAAAGCGGCGAUGAAAUUGACGCCCUCGGCAGUGGAGCAAUUGAGGACGCUGCUAGACCAACCCGAGCCGAAGCUAAUCAAGGUCGGAGUGCGCAACCGAGGUUGUAGCGGGUUGGCCUACCACCUCGAAUAUGUCGACAAGCCCGGCACGUUCGAUGAGACGGUGGAGCAGGACGGCGUCAAGGUCCUGAUUGACAGCAAGGCACUGUUUAGCAUCAUUGGCAGCGAGAUGGACUGGACCGAGGAUAAGCUUAACCAGCGCUUUGUGUUCCGGAACCCGAAUAUCAAGGAAGAAUGCGGCUGCGGAGAGUCAUUCAUGGUAUAA